GUGGCUGCGUUAAUGACCACAGUUCUCACCACAACCCUGUGCCGUCCCUACCCUCCUGAUGUCCACUUUGCAGAUGAAGAACUCCAGGCUCGGCGAUUCAGGAACUCGCCCUGGGUGACACGGUAAGGUCCGGAGGCGGGCUCGGGGGGCCGGGCUGGGGGCGGAGCCACCGCCCUCGAGUCCAGUGUGGCAACCUGAGUCGGUCCCGGAGGAGGACGCCGCGCUCGCUGCUGCCCGGGUCGGCGCGCCGCGAUGGGCCGGAGGAGUCGACCGCCUGCCCCGCUGGGCGCGCAGCCGCGCCGGCAGCCACUGGUGUUCCUGCUGACCCUGCUCCUGCAGCUGCUACCUGCACCCCCGAUACGGGCGCUCACCCCCCGGAUCAGCCUGCCGCUGGGCUCUGAAAAGCGGCCGUUGCUCCUAUUUAAAACUGAGAGCAUCUCCAACUACACAACCCUUCUGCUAAGCAAGGAUGGCAAGACUCUAUAUGUGGGCGCCCAAGAGGCCCUCUUUGCACUCAACACCAGCGUCAGCUUCCUGCCAGGCGGGGAUUGCCAGGAGGUGCUGUGGCGUGCAGACGCGGAGAGAAAACAGCAGUGCAGCUUCAAAGGCAAGGACCCCCAGCGGGAUUGCCAAAACUACAUCAAGAUCCUUCUGCCGCUCAACAGCACCCACCUGUUUACCUGUGGCACGGCCGCUUUCAGCCCCGUGUGCACCUACAUUAAUGUGGAGAACUUCACUCUGGCGAAGGAUAAGGCAGGGAACAUCCUCCUGGAAGACGGCAAGGGUCGUUGUCCCUUUGACCCAAAUUUCAAGUCCACAGCCCUGGUGGUUGAUGGCGAGUUGUACACCGGAACAGUCAGCAGCUUCCAGGGGAAUGACCCAGCUAUCUCCCGAAGCCAGAGCCAACGUCCCACCAAGACCGAGAGCUCCCUCAACUGGCUACAAGACCCAGGCUUUGUGGCCUCAGCCUACGUUCCCGAGAGCCUGGGCAGCUUGAAGGGGGACGACGACAAGAUCUACUUCUUCUUCAGCGAAACAGGCCAGGAGUUUGAGUUCUUUGAGAACACCAUCGUGUCCCGCAUCGCACGCAUCUGCAAGGGCGACGAGGGCGGCGAGCGGGUCCUGCAGCAGCGAUGGACGUCCUUCCUGAAGGCCCAGCUGCUGUGCUCCCGGCCCGGGGACGGCUUCCCCUUCAACGUGCUUCAGGACGUCUUCAUGCUGAGCCCCAGCCCCCAGGACUGGCUCGACACCCUCUUCUAUGGGGUCUUCACAUCCCAAUGGCACCCUGGGACCACGGAAGGCUCUGCCAUCUGCGUCUUCCACAUGAGAGACGUGCAGAGGGCCUUCAGCAGCCUCUACAAGGAGGUGAACCGGGAGACACAGCAGUGGUACACCGUGACACACCCGGUCCCCUCGCCCCGGCCUGGCGAGUGCAUCACCAACAGUGCCCGGGAAAGGAAGAUCAACUCGUCCCUGCAGCUCCCGGACCGGGUGCUCAACUUCCUCAAGGACCACUUCCUGAUGGACGGGCAGGUGCGCAGCCACAUGCUCCUGCUGCAACCCCAGGCCCGCUACCAGCGGGUGGUUGUCCACCGUGUGCCUGGCCCGCACCACACCUAUGACGUCCUCUUCAUGGGUACCGGUGACGGCCGGCUGCACAAGGCUGUAAAAGUGGGCUCCAGGGUGCACCUCAUCGAGGAGCUUCAGGUGUUCCCCGAGGGACAGCCCGUGCAGAACCUGCUGCUGGAUACCCACCAGGGGCUGCUGUAUGCUGCCUCCUACUCCGGCGUAGUCCAGGUGCCUGUGGCCAACUGCAGCAUGUACCAGAGCUGCGGGGACUGCGUCCUCGCCCGGGACCCCUACUGCGCGUGGAGCGGCUCCAGCUGCAGGCACCUCAGCUUUGGACAGCAUUCAGUGGACACCAGGUCAUGGAUCCAGGACAUCGAGGGGGCCAAUGCCCAGAGCCUGUGCAACACAUCCUGGCCCACAUCGGGGGCUGCUGCUUUACCAGCCAAGGCGGCAUGUGAGCAGGUCCAGUUCCAGCCCAACACGGUGAACACCCUGGCAUGCCCGCUGGUCUCCAACCUGGCCACGCGGCUCUGGCUGCACAAUGGAGCCCCUGUCAAUGCCUCCAUCUCCUGCCGGGUACUGCCCACCGGGGACCUGCUGCUGGUGGGCAGCCAGCAGGGCCUGGGGCUGUUCCAAUGCUGGUCGGAGGAGGAUGGCUUCCAGCAGCUGGUGGUCAGCUACUGCCCGGAGGUAGUGGCAGACCGAGCGGCAGAACGAGCAGGUCGGGGUGGCAGCGUACCCGUCAUCAUCAACACGUCCCGCGUGAGCGCGCCUGCUGCAGGCCAGGCCAGCUGGGGCGCCGACAGGUCCUACUGGAGCGAGUUCCUGGUGAUGUGCGUGCUCUUCGGACUCACCGUGGUCCUCCUGACUCUGUUCUUCCUCUACCGGUACCGGAACAGCAUGAAAGUGUUCCUGAAGCAGGGCGAGUGUGCCAGCGUGCACCCAAAGGCCCGCUCCGUGCCUGAGACCCGUCCGCUCAACGGUGUCGGCCCUCCCAGCACCCCACUGGACCACCACCGAGGCUACCAGGCCCUGUCCGAUGUCCCCCUGGGGCCCCGGGUCUUCACUGAGUCAGAGAAGAGGCCGCUCAGCAUCCAGGACAGCGUUGUGGAGGUGUCCCCCGUGUGCCCGCGGCCCCGGGUGCGCCUGGGCUCCGAGAUCCGGGAUUCUGUGGUGUGAGCAUGGACUUCAGAGGAGGGCCCCAGGAUUCAGGGGUCCCAGAAUGCUCAGAGGGGCCAGCGAAGCCGCUGUCGUGGCAGACUGAGCCGCGAUCUGGCCACAGGCACGACAGAGCCAGCUAGCCUGCUGCUCUAUCUAGUGCCCCCACAGCCAGGGCCCCAGAGGUCCUGGUUCAAUGGGGGCUGCCCAGAUGGGCGGAACAGUGCUACGUAGACAAACUGAGCCCUUUGUUUGUUUUAAAUGAAAAUGUGAAGUAGAAGUGAGGGACAGCAAAGCAGGCCACCCCUGCAGUCACUCCGGCCGGUUCACAGGCCCCUCGGCCUCGCGUGGCCCCGGACAGCGCAGCCCUUCCAAAGCAGUGCUGGGGCACAGUGAGAACCCCUCACCAACGAGCGUCUUCUGCCUUCCGCCUUAUCCUGCUGCCCCAGGCUGCCACUAGGCUCCUGCCAGUCAGCUGAUGGUAUUGUAGCCACCACCAUCCCGCCACCUCAGGGACCAGAGCACUAGGCAGGCACGACAGCCCUCGGCCAGUGCUGUGGCCACAUGAGAGUGACGUGAGUUCUGGAGCGGAUGUGUGCCACCCCGUGGUCCUGUUGCUCAGAGUGGGAAGAGGAGACUGUUGCCUGCCUUCCUCCAAUCCAGGCUGAGGGACCCACAUCCACCCAGCCCCCUCUUAAUGCAUCCCAGGGCAGGAACUGAUACUGCUCAGCCCAAGUCCCCCCUCACCCAACACUGCCGCUCACGAGACAUUGAUGACGCCCGGCACAGAGGCCGUGACUUUAUGUGGGUUUUAUAUGUUUUUUUUAAUAAAAUGCACUUUACUUUUUUUUUUUUAAAUAAAAUCUGAAGAAUAGAAAUCGUG